CGCCGCUACAGUCCCCAUUUUCAUAGGCGAAAUGGCUCUUUUUUCUCAACCGGUCCCUGUUUGGGAAACGAGUUCUUGAUUAUGGUGGCGGUAGUAGAAACGUUGGAUCCUUUGCUGCCUUAUCCUUUGUGCUUUGUCCUGAGCUCUGCGUAUCUCAUGACAACAAUUCAUAAGCAUAUCAUAGAAAAUGACUCAACAGCUCAUAUGAAUGAACGGAAUAAGUUUAUAGAAUCUCUUUGCCAGCUUUGACACACUAUUUCUUUGUCUUUUGAGUUACAUAUCUGUAUUAAUAUCUGAUGUGAGAGAGCCCAGUUGUUCAAUUUGCUUGAUUUUGGGGUUUUUAUUCGAUUUUUGGAAGAUGGGUCUGGACGAUUUGGCCGUUGAGAAGAAGAGAGUUGUGGUUAUUGGUGGCGGAGCUGCGGGUUCUCUGGCAGCUAAGACCCUUCAAAACUAUGCAGAUGUUUACCUGAUUGAUACGAAAGAGUAUUUUGAAAUCACCUGGGCAAGCUUGAGAUCAAUGGUUGAACCUUCAUUUGCGAGAAGAUCGUUAAUUAAUCAUGUAGAAUACCUGCCUAAAGCACACGUCGUCGCAACCACUGCAGUUGAUCUCACAGACAGUGAAGUCCUGACCACAGAAGGACGCAUGGUAGCUUAUGAUUAUCUUGUAAUUGCCACAGGCCACAUGGGUGAUGGCCCCAGCACAAAGGCUGAGAAGCUUAAUUACUACCAAGCAGAACAUGAGAAGAUAAGUUCUGCAAACUCAAUAUUGAUAAUUGGCGGGGGGCCAACUGGUGUAGAACUUGCUGGUGAAAUAGCUGUGGAUUUUCCUGAUAAGAAGGUGACACUGGUUCAUCGGGGAUCUAGGUUGUUAGAGUUUAUUGGAGAAAGGGCAGGAAAAAAGGCACUUGAUUGGUUGAUCUCAAAGAAUGUUGAAGUCAUCCUGGGGCAGUCAGUUAACUUGAAUGAAAGUUCAAAUGGCGUUUAUCAAACAUCUGCCGGAGAAACCAUCGAGGCUGAUUGCCACUUUAUCUGCAUAGGCAAGCCAGUUGCUUCAUCCUGGCUAAAGAAGACUACUUUUGGUGACAGGGUGGAUGUCCAUGGAAAGUUAAUGGUGGAUGCAAAUUUGAGAGUCAAAGGUCACAAGAAUGUGUUUGGUAUUGGUGAUGUCACUGAUAUUCCUGAACUCAAACAAGGCUACCUGGCUGAACAGCAUGCUUUGGUGGCUGCUAAGAAUGUGAAGCUGUUGAUAAAAGGAGAAAACGAGAAGAGAUUGGCAACGUAUAAGCCUGCUUCAUCAGCAUUGGCAAUCGUUUCACUGGGGAGAAGAGAAGCAGUGGCUCAAAUUUUUUGUAUAACCAUUGUUGGGCGCCUGCCUGGCUUGAUAAAAUCUGGGGACUUAUUUGUUGGGAAGACGAGAAAACAACUAGGCCUAAGCUCCAAUGUUGACUAGGAUGCUUACUUUUGUGUUCACGUGAAUUUGUCAAAGUGCAAUCUGUAAGUUUAUAAAAUGCUCACUGUAUAAUUAUUGCUUUGGGAGAAGGCAAAUUCUCCAAUUCUGCAA